UUUAAGAGGCACCACAAUCGCAGUUUCCAAUAUGAAGUAUUGCAUUAGAUAAUCGCUUAAGAAACUUUGCUUCAUCGUAAUUUUUGCAAUUCUCUAAUAAGUUUAGUAGAAGAAAAGAAAAUAUAUUUUGAGUUAUCCAACGUUAAUUUCUGAAAAAGGAAAAUCUAAGGUUACAGCCGAAACCAUGAUUCGGGCUGGUCGUGUCGCGCAUCCACCCUCAAUCAUCGCAAAUCUUCCAUGGCCAUAGCUUCGUCAACACUUACCAAUCGUAACUUCAUCACUCGCUCAAAAUCUCCAAUGCCACCCAACAUCACACUCAGACCCUCUUCAUCUUCAUCUCCAUCUCCAUUCAAAAACAUCACCUUUCCCAAUCACAGCACAAAACCACCCAACCCAACACCACCCAUUGACCACUCCCACCUCUCACAACUCCUCUCCAAACCCAAUUCCGAUUGGGUCAUCUUACUCAACCACCAACUCCAUUCCAAAAAACUACUCCUCACACCCCUUUCACUCUCAACCAUCUUCCAAAACAUUCAAAACCCAUUACACUCCAUCAAAUUCUACACAUGGGUUUCCACCAUCAACCCUUCUUUGGCAAACACCUCUUCCAUUCACCGCAUUUUAGGUAACACCUUACACAGAAACGGCCCUGUGAUUCUUUCUGCUGAAUUUCUUAACGAUGUUCACAAAUCAGGUUUUAGGGUCACUGAAGAUUUGUUAUGUGUUUUGAUGGGUAGUUGGGGGAAACUUGGUUUAGCUAGAUAUUGUGUUGAUGUUUUUGGUCAAAUUUCGUUUAUGGGUAUUGCUCCAACUACUAGGUUGUAUAAUUCUCUUAUUGAUGCAUUGGUUAAAUCAAAUUCUAUUGAUUUGGCUUAUCAUAAGUUCCAACAGAUGAUUGGUGAUCAUUGUUUUCCUGAUAGGCUUACUUACAAUAUUCUUAUUCAUGGUGUUUGUAAGACCGGUGUUGUCGAUGAGGCGCUUCGUUUGAUUCGACAAAUGAAAGAUAAGGGACUUUUUCCGAAUGUUUUUACUUACACUAUAUUGAUUGAUGGGUUUUGUAAUGCUAAGAGGGUUGAUGAAGCUUUUGGGGUUUUGGAUAAGAUGAAGGAGAGUAAUGUUUGUUUAAAUGAAGCUACUGUUAGGACAUUGGUUCACGGGAUUUUCCGUUGCGUUGAUCCGAGUAAGGCGUUUGUGUUGUUGUCUGAGUUUUUAGAUAGGGAGGAACGUGGUUGUUUCGGUAAGUUAGCUUGUGAUACGGUAUUGUAUUGCCUUGCGAAUAACUCUAUGGCAAAAGAGAUGACUGUGUUUAUCAGAAAAGCAUUAGCUAGAGGUUAUGCUCCCGACAGUUCUGUUUUCAAUGUUAUAAUGGCUUGUUUGGUUAAGGGAGUUGAAUCGAGAGAAGCGUGCGAGAUAUUUGAAUUUUUCAGGAAGCAAGGUGUCAAGCCGGGUAUUGGUACUUAUCUUAUACUUGUUGAAGCUUUGUACAAGGAUGAGCGGAGAGAGGAAGGGGAUCGAAUAUCCGAUCAAAUGAUUAACGAUGGGUUGAUUUCGAAUGUUGUUUCAUAUAACAUGUUGAUUAAUUGCUUCUGCAAAGCAAACAUGAUGGACAAAGCAUCCGAGGUUUUCAGAGAGAUGAAAAAACUUAGAGGCUUCACUCCUAACCUUGUUACUUUCAAUAUCCUAAUUAAUAGCCAUUGCAAAGACGGAUCAAUAGUUAAGGCACGGGAGUUGCUAGAGAUGGUUUUAGAAAACGGACUUACACCUGAUAUCUUCACUUUUAGUUCUAUAAUUGAUGGACUCUGCCGAAGAAAGAGAACCGAGGAAGCUUUUGAAUGUUUUAACGAGAUGAUUGAAUGGGGUGUCAAACCAAAUGCUAUUAUUUACAAUAUCUUGGUUCGGUCUUUAUGUAACAUCGGCGAUGUUGCGAGAUCAACGAAACUUUUAAGAAGAAUGCAAGAGGAAGGAAUAAGCCCUGAUACAUAUUCCUAUAACUCUUUGAUUCAAAUUUUCUGUAGGAUGAAUAGGGUUGACAAAGCUAAAAAGCUUUUCGAUUCAAUGUCGAAAUCUGGCUUGAAUCCUGACAGUUACACGUAUAGUGCUUUUAUAGAGGCACUAUCUGUGUCUGGGAGAUUAGAGGAAGCCAAGAAAAUGUUUUACUCGAUGGAGCAAAAUGGUUGCUCUCCUGAUUCAUAUGUAUGUAACUUAAUUGUUAAGGCAUUGGUUCGGCAAGAUAGUGUUGAAGAGGCUCAAAAGAUCAUAGAAAGAUGCAGACAGAAAGGAAUAUCUUUGAAUUGUAUUCCUGAUUCAUAGACUGGUUUUUGGAUGGUGCUAUAUUUUUGACAGUUUUGCAGAGAAGAUAUUGAUAGAGGAUACGGGAUACAGCACAUGGAAAAGGAUUAGUCGCAUAAACUACCGUUCCACUGGGUUGUGGAUUUCAAUUAUAAUGCAAGAGGUUGGUUUCUAUUCUUCCAUUCAGGUGAUUUCAGCACUAUUCAUUUAUCUCUAAUAUUGUAGACUCUGCAUUAUAGUUGUAGUUGUACUUCUGCAACACUUGUGUAUUAUGUUGAUAAAGAGCGGAUGUUGCAGUGAUCAUUUUCUCUCAUAUAUUGUGUGAAUUCCAAAUUCACAAGCUGGAUGCGAAAUUCCAAUGGAAUUUGUUACGAGUCUAAUUCAAGAAGAGACCACAAGCCCUAUUGAAGAAGAGGUACUGGCCCUAGGCAAUCCAAGAAGCCCAAUUGAUUGGAGAAGUCUGAGUGCACUUAAAGAUUCUAGAAGAAUAGUUAGCAGCGUUUUUUUAAAGAUUUUUUAAUGCACCCCAUAUGCUUCUUAUGUAUCACACGAAAUUCUAAAAAUAUCUUCAGUUUUCGAAGAUGCAUCUCCGAACACACCAAAAGAUCAAGUAACGUUAAAAUAUUCUGAGAUGCAUCUCUGGAAUAUUUUGGAGGUUAAGUCACGUCAGACUCUUCUCCUUCCUCAUUUCACAUUUUACUCAACUCAACUUCAACCUCUCUCAAAUUUCUUCUUUACACCAAAUCAAAUUUCAUUCAACAAGGCUCAAGGGAACAUCAAACUUCAUCAAAAACAACAAUUUCUUUUAUGUUUUUUGAGUUUUUGAUAAAUGUUCGAGUUUUGGUGUAAAUGAAUAGAAAUCAAUGAUUAGGGUUAAAAAUGAGUAGAAAUCACAUUUAAUAUAGUUUAGUCAUAUGUAUUAGUUGUUUGUUGGCUGAAAUUGAUGAUCAAAACAAUUUUUUUGA